GUUCCCUCCGCGGCACUUGCCCCUGUCUGGGCGGGAGCGAUGGAGACCAUCUGGAUCUACCAGUUCCGCCUAAUAGUGAUUGGGGACUCCACCGUGGGCAAGUCGUGCCUCCUGCACCGCUUCACCCAGGGCCGCUUCCCGGGGCUGCACUCCCCCGCCUGCGACCCCACGGUUGGCGUGGACUUCUUCUCCCGCCUGCUGGAGAUCGAGCCGGGCAAGAGGAUCAAGCUGCAGCUCUGGGAUACGGCGGGACAGGAGCGCUUCAGAUCAAUAACUCGAUCCUACUACCGCAACUCAGUUGGUGGAUUUUUAGUGUUUGACAUUACUAACCGACGGUCUUUUGAACAUGUGAAGGAUUGGCUAGAAGAAGCAAAAAUGCAUGUACAGCCAUUUCGAAUUACAUUUCUACUGGUGGGACAUAAAUGUGAUCUAGCUUCUCAACGUCAAGUUACGAGGGAGGAAGCUGAAAAACUGUCAGCAGACUGUGGAAUGAAAUAUAUAGAAACCUCAGCAAAGGAUGCUACAAAUGUUGAGGAAUCCUUCACUGUCUUGACAAAAGACAUAUAUGAGCUUAUUAAAAGGGGAGAAAUUUGUAUUCAGGAUGGCUGGGAAGGGGUUAAAAGUGGUUUUGUUCCAAACACUGUACAUUCUUCCGAGGAAGCAGUUAAGCCUAGGAAAGAGUGCUUCUGCUGAUUCUCGACACACCAGAGUUCCUGAGGACAGGCUGGGUGUUGUUUCUGAAUAAAUGCCAACAUUCGCAGCAGAAUAGUACAAUGAAAGCAUCUGAAAGAAGCCACAGGAACACUGUAGUCUGGUUCUGAGCACUGUGCUGAGUUGGUACACUGCAGACUGGGUAUUUGCCAUAUGAUCAAGCAUCACAGACAACAUUUUCAUAGAAGCAGAGUGUCUACAUGGUUACACCCAUGCUCACAUGAUUAGCUAUAACCCACUUAGUGUGCUGACACUAGUGUCGCUCAUCUUUCCUGACAGCUAAACAUGGUUCAUGGUAUUUUGUACAAUAUAAUCUGAUUGAAAAGAAUGCAAAAAGAUUUAUAUUUUCCCUAGUUAAUAUUGAUUAUGAAGUGCAUUGAAAAGUUUAACUUGAAAUCUGGGGAUGUAGCUUGGAAAUAGAACACUUGCUUAAUAUAUGAGAGGCCCUAGGUUCAACCCCCAGCAUAAAAAAAAAAAAUACAACUCCCCACUUACAAAGUAAACAAUCUCAGAAGUAUUGCCCAUGAUGAGAAUAUCAGUUUCUUGUUUAAGAGAUCAGGUAUGCCAUUCUUGGAAGGUUUUACUCUCCUUUUUUUUUUUUUCUGAAUAUAAAACAACAAGUUUUACAUUGCUUUUGUUCACAGAUCUAUUGCUCCUGAAAUUUUUAUGUAUUUAUAAGAUAUGUAAGCAUUGAAACAAGAUAUUUUAAGCAAAGAGUUGUAAGAAGAGGACCACUCAAUAGCAAAUGUUUUGAUGUUAUACUAUACUGUUUAAAUUUAGAAAAGUAAAACAAAAUUUAUUUAUAUACUGAUAUUCAAAACUGAAAUUUACCUUGAACUGUUGUCAAAAUUAUCAGUAUAGGUACAGGAUGUUUGUAUUGAUGGCAUCUUUUUUCAAAUUCCCAGGUUGUCUCAUUUCCAGUACAAGAAGAAUGUAGACAAGAUCUUUUGGAUAAGGAAAGUGGGUUAUCUGCUUGGUUUGUUAGCAUUGUUAGAUUUCAUUUCAAGCCUCAUUUUCAUUUCAAAGGGAAGGUGGUUAAGGGGGAAAGUGGCUUUUAAGUUCCCUAAUUUUUAUUUUUUAGUAAAAUAAUUUUGUUGCUCUUUUGAGACAAGGUCUUGUUAUGUAGCCCUGGAUGGCCUCAAUUCUUCUGCAUUAGCCUCUCAAGUGCUGUGUGUGCACACCAUGCCCAGCUCCCUAAUUCUUAACUUAGGGAUUAAGCCCUCAUACAAGGGACAGUCUGAUCACAGUAUCAAAUAUUUUACAACCUGCAUGUCUGUUCUGUUGGAUAAAUUGCAGAAGAUACCCAGGGAAGCUGCAUUUUUGGAAUCAUAAAAUUUUUACUGCUAAAUACAGUUACUUCAUUUGUUUGAAAACCAAAGUGGUAUAGUACAAAGAAUAUGCAGCAAGAAAUGAGAAAACCUGUCUAAACUGGCCUUUCCUCUAACAGUAUUUGACCAUGAAGAAGUCACAUGUUCUCUUUAAAGCAACAUUUUUUUUAAUCUAUAAAAUGAACCAUAUAGCCUCAUUUAUUGAAUUUCAUGGAAUUAUUCUGACAAUCAAGUCAUAUAGACAAGCUUUAUAAAUACAAAAAGUGUUGUACAAGUGUGAGACUGGCAUCAGCUGCUUAUGGGCACACCACUAAUGGAUGGAAUGCUGUUUUCAUUGUUGUGCAGAGGGAGCAGAGAAGGUAUAUGUUUUCAUGGAGCCAGGGGAGUCUUGAUUAUGCUUAUGAUCUCCCCAUUUACCCUGAACCUCUGUCUCUCGAAAGCAGAAAUAACAGGGAGGAAAAUCCUUAGAGAAAUUAAUCCAACCAAAAUGUCAUAGCUGAAUGUGUUU